CUUCUCUGUGACUGGGUCCUGAUUAAGGUCCUCCUACGAAAGACUUCAUUGGAUCCACGCUCAAGAAGAUUCGACCAGGUUUUCCUGACCCCCCUACAUCGCUGUAAAGUGCCAAGGCCUUAAGACUUGGUCACUGUAUGUAUGCCUUGUUUCGCGGGUCCACGGGAAGCAUGAAUCUGUUGGGACUUGGGACAAGAAGAAACAAGACAUCUUCACAAGGAAUACCAGACAGUAACAAAAAGUAUCCCGAAGUCUGAAGAGAGAAAACAAAAACAUGACGGACAGAGGACUUAGGGACCCUCCGGAGGACUCUCAAAAGGAUUUGGAAAAUGACCCAUCAAUAAAUUCUCAGGCACAGGAGACCGCAGUCACAAGUACCACUGAAGAAGCGCAGACCCCAAACCCUGCCUCUGGUCUUAACAAAGAUCACCACGAGGUAGAAACAAUAGGCCCAGCAGGUGCAGAUACAGGUGAUCAAUCAGAAAGUCCAAAGGAAACAAAUGAUGGGAAAUCUCCAAAGGAUAAAACAGAACAUGAGAACAACCAGAGUUGUCAGGAUGGAGAAGAAAGGCAUCCCAGCCCUUCAGAAAAUCUGGGUAAGGACCCCUUGGAUCCAGAACCCAGCCAUUCUCCAGGUGAGAAGGUAGGAAGAGCGGAUGCACACGGAGGGAGCGGCCCUGCAGCCCUCGCUGAGGAAGCGAGCGCCAGACCUGGAGCUUCACGGGAGCCAUCUGCUGCAGACCCCCAGGAUGCCCAGAGUCCUGGUCAUUCCAGUGCGGGGCUGGAGAGCCAGGAGACACUGAGGAGGCGAGGGCGAGAGCUGGCGCCAGAGGCUGAAAGUCAUCAACAAGAAACACAAAAAUUGGAAGAAAAUAAAGAGAAUGUACAUGAUACCUUAAGAAAGACUAAUAAAAAGGAUUUUUGCAACUAUGGCUCUAUCUUUGUUGGCUUCCUGGUUGUGACUCUUGUUUUGCUAGGUUGUGUUAGUAGCUACUAUUCCUCUCCAGCCCAGCAAGUGCCCAAUCCAGCUUUGGAGGCCUUCUUGGUUCAGUUCAGCCAAUUGAAGGAUAAAUUUCCAGGCCAGAGUUCCUUUCUGUGGCAGAGAGGACGGAAGUUUCUCCAGAAGCACCUCAAUGCUUCACACCACACUGAGCCGGCCACCAUCAUCCUUACAGCCGCUCGAGAGGGGAGAGAGACCCUGAAGUGCCUGAGCUACCAUGUUGCAGAUGCCUACACCUCUUCCCAGAAAGUCUCUGCCAUUCAGAUUGAUGGGGCCGGAAGAACCCUGCAUGACAGCGACACGGUCAAGCUCCUGGUCGACAUGGAGCUGAGCUCUGGGUUCGAGAACGGCCAGAAGGCUGCCGUGGUGCACCGCUUUGAGUCCCUUCCCGCAGGCUCCACCUUGAUCUUCUACAAGUAUUGUGACCAUGAGAACGCUGCCUUUAAAGAUGUGGCCCUGGUCCUCACCGUUCUACUAGACGAGGAAACGUUGGAAGCAAGUGUUGGCCUAAGAGAAACAGAAGAAAAAGUGAGAGAUUUGCUCUGGGCCAGGUUUACCGAUUCUGACACUCCCAGCUCCUUCAACCACAUGGACUCAGAUAAAUUGAGUGGGCUCUGGAGCCGAAUUUCACACCUGGUGCUGCCGGUCCAGCCAGUGAGGAGCAUAGAGGAGCAGGGGUGCCUUUGAGGAGCUAAGCCUGCAAGUGGUCAUGGGAGGCGUGGGUUCCUUGAAGAGUUUGAAAGACUUCCAUUUACGUGGAAGGAGAUUGAUGAAUGUGAGGAGAGCACAAACGAGCUUAUUUUAGAAAAUAAUUUUUAAUUUUUCACUUUUCACUUUUUGUAAAACCUUUCUAAUCUAAGCUUGACAAAGCUAAAAAAUUGACCUGAUUUUUUUCCCUUGCCUUUUGAGCAAAUCAGGUUUGAAAUAUAGCAUGGUAUAUGUAACUGAGGAAUUUUUUUUAAAUGCAAAAAUAUAUCUUCCACAGAAUCGUUGCACGGGAAGAUACUCUUCUCAGAGUAAGUACAGAGUGAUUUUUGUUUUCUUGACACUCUGAAGAGCCUUUGGAGAGUGUGGACUUGCACCAAAGCAAUUACAGUUAUGAAGCUGUGAUAAUUUUUAGAAAAUUUUUCUAUCACAUGUUAAAUAUUUUAAUAACCUAUUGUGGGAUUACAUCUUAUACUAAUUUGCACUUUUGAAUAGUAUGAAAAAAAAGAAACACAAAUUCAAAUACUUAUCUAAAAGCUAUCUGUAAGGCACUGUGCUUUUAUUCCGUUAAUGAGCUGAGGUGGAACUAGCUGUACUCAUUGGAAACAAUGGGGAAGUUGGUUAUAAAUGUUGGAAAUGAAAAAAUUCCAAUUGACUGUCUUUACGUCAACUUUCCUGAUUGACUUAGAGCAGUGAUUUUCAGGCUGUGUCUCCUGGCACCCCUCCACUUUGUAUCAGAGCUGUUCUCCUUUGGCUACUUUAUAUAUUAGGAAUCUCCAUUAAGAUUGAAUUGGAGCAAGGAAUUCCACUGAUAAUGAAGUUUGAAAACCACCAAUUACGUGAAAAAACAUCUUAGAAGAUAAGAAAUGGGUAGAAAAAAAUGAAUGUAUUAAAACUCAUGAGUAGGAAGAGAAUGAAAUGUGUAGAGUUGUUGUAUAGACACGCUAUUUAUGAAAGAUAAACAACUACAGGUGAACAGAAGAAUGUAUAAACUAGUAUUCAGUAGCAUAUUUCUGAUGCUUCUGUUAAUUUCUGUUAGUCAUUUCUGUCUCCCCUGAGUGGAGUUUUUUAGUAGCCUAGGACGAGAGUUUGAGUGACUUUUAAGCAAAAGAGAUUCUAAUCUCAGUUGAAUAGUAGGUUUUAUAUGGGCAGAUUGGCAUAACUUUACCAAACUCUUUCUUGUUAUGCAGUGAUGGAACAUUAUAUAAGGCAGCUUAUUUCUUGACCAGCUAGUCCUGUCAGGUUAACAAUUAGAGACAUGCAAGAGAUGUUAUGCUUAGAGGAAGUAGAAAUGUUAGAUAGAUUCUCAGAGGUUUUAAUGGCCAAUAUUAAUUGUUGGACCAUGGUCUGUGAUUGUGCUUGAGAUUGAGAGCAGUGUUUCUGGAGACAGUCGUCGUUUAUUUGCAUUUCAGUUCUGAAAGCAGAAUUCCAGUAAAAUGAUCUUGCUCUGUUUAACAAAGGGUCUGUUCCAUUACAUGAUGUACCUAGGAACUAUCACCAUGAUCCUGGCGUGGUUCAGCUAGGUUUCGACCUCUCUGCUGCUAUGAGAGUGAGUAUGUGUGUAUGUAUAUAUUUAAGAAGUCACGUGAUUAAAGUAUGGAAGGAUUUUCAGAAACGCUAAGAAGACGUAGGGAUUUUUAUUAAUACCUCGGAAGGGAUCUCAAAGACAUGGAGGAAGAAUCUAUUUGAAAAGAUCUGUUCCAGAAAGAAUACAUAAACCUCUUCUAGCCAAGGCCUCCAGUUGUGCUCAGUUGAGCAUAGGGGCAUAGCUAAAGGAACUGUUUUCAUUUGGGACUCUGAGGGAAUUUUCCAAGAGAUUUGAGGAAAGACCUGCCUGGACAGAAAGUUAAAUCAUAGUGAGUAUAAUAUCUGUAUCAGUCCAAUAUAAAAUCAGAGGAAAUUGAAGAAAAAUCUAUAUAGCAUAGAUCUCAGAUGUUAGCAUUACAUCACAAAACCAAUGGUGCCUUGUAAACUAUCCCAUCGGCCUGCUGAUGCGUGCUACCUCAGAUCCAUCUGGUCCCCGUCAGCAACUCAGAUCACAGUUGAGACAAAUACUCUUGUUUCUUCAUUCAGUUGAAUGUGGUUUUUCAUCAUUUCCUUUCAAUAUAAUUUAGAAAAAUUUCAAAAAGUCACAAUUUUUUUUUUUACUGUUUAGCCUUUGUUAAAAACACUUUUCCUUCCAUGUCUAAGUGCAAUCAACCGAAACUCUUGUCAGUUUUCUGUCCACUAUUUCAAAAAUCAUUUUAAAAAGAAGCAGUAUAUUAGCUCUGGGUCUUCUGAGGAAUAAAAUGAUAAGUUUUAAAGCAUAAAAUUAUAUAUUUUUUAAAUGUACAAAUAAUUAAAAUCUAUUAUCUAAAUAUACCCUUAGCUUAAUUUCUAUUCAGUUUCUGUUUUUUACAUUUUUCAAGUUUUCAGAUUUUGUUUUGUGUGUCUGGUAGUUCAUCUUUCAUUACUGUGAUAGGUAAUUUGACUUAGAACAAUGACUUGUGAGCGUAGGAUGCCAUACAUGAUACCCAGACAUCACCAUUUAAUUAUUAUUGCAGAACUCUCGUUACAUUAUAUAUUAAUAUAAAUCCUUUCUUGAGUAAUCCCAGGGUUCUGGAAGCAAGUAGGGGAAUCAGAAACUGUCUCUGGACUCGAGUUUUUUCCCCUGGAAAUUUUAGGUUUCCCAGUUACUUUAGGGUAAACUUUAGGGUUCCUCGUUAGUUUCCAUGGCAGAGAAGUUCCAGGGGAUUUACGUCACUAAAUGUAGUAAUGCUGUUGUUUUUAUUUCUGUUUUUUAAAUCAAUAAAAUAAUUUAAAUGUAUUUUAUUUGAAAGCCUCCAAGCUGAGGUGGUUUUGACCCUUUGAUGGUUUUUAAUUGUUUGAUUUACAAUUUUAUCUGUUAAAGACACGAAGCAUAAUGUUCAUUGAUGUUAAAAUAUAGCAAACAUAUCAAUUUGGCAUGUGAAAGUGACAGUAAUGCAGCAAGACGAUCUUCACCAGGACUAUAUUUUCAUGUGUCUGACCAAAAUUUUUAUGCAGCAUAUACAGGUGUCUAGCACUUCAAAAACUAAUGUUAAGUAGAAAAUAUAAAAUAUAUCCACUUAGGUUACUAUUUAAUGGGAAGAAAGCGUAUGUCCAUACACAAUUUAUUUGUAGAGAAGUACUUUCAAAUAGCAACAUGAAACCUUUUUCUUUUACCAUUUGACAAUAAAACACUUAUAAAAAUAAACAGGUACAUCUUUGUAAAGCCCUCAUACCAUUUUAUAAAAGCAGUUUUUAAUCUGGUUUUCAAGUUGAAUAUGUACUUACAAAUGUCAGUCUUCAUUUUAAUAUUUUGGCCACCAAUCUGAGCAUAAUAUAUUUUAUUUUAGAAUUUGUUGAAAAGUCAUGUUGCUUUUGUGUUUUGUUUUUUUCAAAAUUAAAGUACCUUGAACACUGUGUAUCGCUUGUUCAAUGGGAAUGUCGUUUGUUUUUAUAUAUGUAUUGUGAAUAUUAUCAGUGAUUAAAAAUCACUUCUUUAUCAUAAUUUAUAUAAAUAUGAUGAAAUGAUUAUUUAAAAAUUUUUCCAAGGGUGUUCAUGAGAUUAUAAAAUGCUGAGGUUUAUGAGUCAUAUGGGAAAUACUGGUUAUCGAUAGUAAUAUAUUUGCAAAGAAGACGUCACCCAUCCUAGAGAGAACCCCAUGAAGUUAAGACAGUCGUGUAAAACUGUUUCUCCAGAUGGCUCUAAAAUAGGCCUGACUCCUAUUCAUGUUCAGGUGUAGGUGUUAGGUUGUGAAGUACUUGAUAAUGGGGGCCUAAAUGUGCCUCAUUCAGACUGAGACUUGGCUAUUAAACUCAUUUCCAACUAAUACACUGCCCUCUCCCUUCUGUAUCUAUACGCAUUGCUUCUCAAGCUGUUUUUAGAAACAUAGAUAAACUAGGGAAGGGCACUAGCCUUAUCCAAAUGGCCUAAGAACACAAUUAGCAUCCCCUAAUCUGUAAAUAAUCUGUAAAGAUAUAAAUAAUUGUCUUCCAUGCCUUUCCUCCCAGUAGAACCUGCGGUGUCUAUUUCACUUGUUUUGAUGUCUUUAAAAAUCCAUAGAUUGAUUCCUAUAUUGGGAAAUAACCUCCCACUUUUCCUCCUUGAGGCUCGUAAACUAAAUUUGCCCUUGGCUAGGAGCACUUACCUGAACCAAAAAGAACGUUUGUGCUCAGGAAGCAGCCAGCUUAGUAACCUUGUGGUCGGGUAGAGCUGGCAGGAGGAUGUUGUGCUUGUCACGACUGGUCCACAGAAGUCACAGCCCUCCGCCCUGUGUCCAAAGUGGGCCUCAGCAUUGUCAACACGAGCUCCAGGCCUCUGCUCCCAGCUGAUCAGAUGAUGAGAGAUUUAAAUCUGUUUGCCAUCCCCAUCAUAAAACAAAGCAGCAGCCCAUUGACUUUUAAACCCAACCGCAUUUUGUUUUUUUCCUACUUAACAAAAAAUAAGUGGACUUUUCCAGUAUUAAUGUCAGAUUUCUUGGCAUUCCCUUUUUCCUUAUGUAACCACGAUGUCUUUUGAUUUCUUAUGGAUUUUGAAGAAUGUGCCUUUUUCAAAUUAGUUGUCUGGUUAUUACCAAAAAUAAAUCUCCUUCAUUUUU